AAUGUUUAUAAUAUGACCCUAACAUAUGAUCUGAAGUUAUUUUAGUUUGUUACCAAAUAUGUAUUAAGUAUUUGUGAUUCAUCACAAGUAAUGUAGUUCAUUUAAAGGUAUUUGCAGCUGGACUGUUGCAUCAAAGUGAUUUUGGUUUUAAUUUGGCACCUGCAGGGGAGAAUGCUGAGAAGCUGCUGCAGUUCAAACGCUGGUUUUGGUCCAUCGUUGAGAAGAUGAACAUGACCGAGAGGCAGGACCUGGUGUACUUCUGGACCUCCAGCCCGUCUCUUCCUGCCAGUGAAGAGGGAUUCCAGCCCAUGCCCUCCAUCACCAUCCGCCCGCCGGACGACCAGCACCUGCCCACCGCCAACACCUGCAUCUCCCGCCUUUACGUGCCACUCUACUCUUCCAAACAGAUUCUCAAACAGAAACUUUUACUCGCCAUCAAGACCAAGAACUUCGGUUUUGUGUAGUUGAACGAAACAUGUUUCAUCGUUGUGUAAUAUUACUAGUUCCAUUUUGUAGAUUUAUUUUUUGUCUAUACAGUUUUAUCAAAUUAAAAAGCGCUGUCUCGUCCCCGGCAGUCAUUUGUUUGAUCUGCGUUGCAAACGUAGACGCCUUGUUCUUAUUCUUUCUUUUUUAUUUCUGUUAUCGGAACAUAACAACAUUCCUGCAUUGCUUUUGUUAAGUUGAAGCCCUGCAGCUUCAUUGGUUUGAACUGUAACUUCCCAUGAAUUUGGCUCGACGGUAAACGGUCCGCCAAACCCCAGCCAAAGACGACAGCGAGGAGUAUUUAAAGAAAAAGAAAAGGUUACACUGUGAUUAUUUUAUUUUUCCUGCCCUAAACAUAAACUUACUAUCAUUGAGAGUUCACUGCUGCCUUUGUGGAAAGUCAUUUUUUCUUGUAUAGAGGGAGUGGGGAAUUUCAAAAUAAACUUGGAUGCAAACUAG